UGUCCCUCCUCCCUUCAUCAUUAGUGACAACUGAGAGACGAGUCGGGGGCUUAUUUUAGUCUUCUUGGACUCACCCAAACGGACCCAGAACAGUUCUCCUUGUGUCUCUGACAGCAGCAGUGAAGCCAUGGAUGAUGUCUACAAAGCAGCGGUGGAGAACCUGACGGAGGAGCAGAAAAAUGAGUUCAAGGCGGCCUUUGACAUCUUCAUCCAGGACGCUGAGGAUGGCUGCAUCAGCACCAAGGAGCUGGGGAAGGUGAUGAGGAUGCUGGGCCAGAACCCCACCCCGGAGGAGCUGCAGGAGAUGAUUGAUGAGGUGGAUGAGGACGGCAGCGGCACCGUGGACUUUGAUGAGUUCCUGGUGAUGAUGGUGCGCUGCAUGAAGGAGGAGAGCAAAGGAAAGUCGGAGGAGGAACUGGCUGAACUGUUCCGCAUGUUUGACAAGAACGGAGACGGCUACAUCGACCUGGAGGAGCUGAAAGCCAUGCUGGAGUCCACCGGAGAGGCCAUCACUGAGGAUGACAUCGAAGAGCUGAUGAAGGACGGAGACAAAAACAACGAUGGCAAAAUCGAUUAUGAUGAAUUCCUGGAGUUCAUGAAAGGUGUUGAGUGAAGGUUCUGCUGCUGUGGCGUCAUCAUCCUCAUAUUUAUUCAUGUUACCACUAAGAAACUUCUCACCUUCUGAGGGGCAGUAAAGUGUUGUGUAAAAAGACUCUUUUCAAUAAAAGUAUUGCUAGAAUAUGA